AUGGAAUCAAAUGAGUCAAAUAUAAAGGUUUUGAGGAGCAGUCAUUCAAAAAAUUCAAAAGUUAAUGUGAAAAACGCUACAACCAAUAAAAAUUUCAAUCCGAAUCAUAUUAAAAAAUAUAACAAGCAAUUCCAAAGAGACAAUGAUAAAAGUAAUUUUGAAACAAGAAACGGCUCGAUUACAGAAAGAAUUACAAAUUCAAAAGUAUUUAACACCAGUUCAUCGGAAUUCGCUGUAUUAAUAUUAUUUUUGAUUGGUAAUGAAGUUGAAUUGAAACUAGUCGAUUGUAAGGUAUAUCGUGGAAUUUUUCAUUCAAUUAGCAAAAGAGAAGGAAGCGACGAGCAGUUUGUUUGUAUCCGGUUUUGCAGAAGAAUACUAGAUUUAUUUAGCAAUGAGCUUUCCAAACCAAUUGAAGACUACUGUAUGUUUCCGCUUAGUUCAGUUUAUAGACUUUCCACAACAAAUAUGAAUGGAGUACCUACAAGAUUUGAUUCAGUUUCAGGGGAAUCAAAAGAAAGCAAAAUAUAUAAGAUUAAUCUUUUUAGGACCGAUAAUGAGAUAAGCAGUAAUGAUAUACACUCGCACGAACGUAUAUUGAAGCCAUGGGUAUCUGAGGAUCAUCAUUCUGAUGUCAUUGAGGAUGUUUUAGGUAACGAACCAUUUGAUUGCUGGGAUCAAUUCGAAGAGAACCGCAAUAGAUUUGGAAUAGAAGGGACUUACGAUGAAAAUUUGUAUACGACUCCACUCGAUUACAAUGAGAUAACUGAAGAAGAAAAAAGAAAAGCAGAAAUUCUUGCAACUGAAAUAGAAAAAGAACAAAAGGAAGAUUCUGCAAUUAAAUUCGAGAAUGAGAUAAAUGACUCGGUAAUUGAAAAUGAUGAAGAAAUGCACUUUAGCUCUGUAUACAGAAAUAUCUCUGAUAAAAGCAACUCCAAUAAAGAUGUUAAUAAAAUAUUAAAAAAUGAAUCAGUUAACAGUUUAGAUCAGUAUGAAACGAGUGAUAAGCAUUCCAAAAAUUCCGAGGAAAUUUCGAAUAAAGAUUUCCUAACUAAAAACCGUAAAUCUAAUUUUUCAUUCAACCCUAAUGCAAAGGAGUUCUUGCCUAGAGCAAUUUCCAAUUAUCAAAAAGUAUGUGAAGAUCAUUUAAAUAACUUUUCUAAUACUCGAACAAAUGAAUCUAUAAACUAUUCAUAUGAACAUCAAAGUGAUGACUACCAUUAUUCAUAUAAAAACGAACAUUAUACGCUUUCUAAUGGAAACCAACAUAAUUACCAUGAUAAUCAAUCAAAUCACAAUUAUCGUGAUCUUGCCCUAGUUAAUUCUGUGCAAUCUAAAGGAACACAGUUUAGAGAUAGUUUGAGAAACGAAGUUAAUGGUGAGAAAUUGGUUAACCAAAUAUCAUAUGAAUACUACUUACUUAACGGCCAAUGUGUUGAUGAAAUCGAUGAAAGUAGGAAAGGGGGUCAUCAAUGCCCAGAAAUUUCGUGUGAUGCAUCUAGCUCACGAGCUAUUUACUAUUAUUCUGCGGAAUCUGGAGAUAUUCAUAGUUCUUCAUAUUAUGUCUCUGAUUACAACACGGGAAAAUGGUCGAAUUAUUCAAUACAUAAUCAAUACUAUAUUCCAAAUAACAAUUCAGAAGUUUACAGCCAUUACUGCAAUUAUCAAGGUCAAGGAACAUACUAUUAG